AUGGCCGAUAUGACUCAGGUUCCUAUCAAUGGUAACUACCCUGCUCAGCACGGUUACCCUGAAUCUUACAACCAUGCAUCUGUCACUAUGAACACUGCUGCCAGCUUCCAGCCUGCGCAGUCCUCCACCCCGACUACCGUCACUCCCACCGACCAGCAGAAGAACGAGAUCUCCAAGGAUGAGGUGGGCUGGUACUUCGUCGAGCAGUUCUACACCACCAUGAGCCGCAACCCCGACAAGCUUCACUUGUUCUACUCUCGCCGCUCUCAGUUGGUCUUCGGCACUGAGGCUGAGUCGGUUCCCGUCACCGUUGGUACUAAGGCCAUCAACGAGAAGCUUAGCUCCUUGAAGUUCCAGGAGUGCAAAGUGCGCGUCCUGAAUGUCGAUUCUCAGGCGUCUUUCGACAACAUCCUGGUCUCAGUCAUUGGUGAGAUCUCGAACAACUCCGAGCCGUCCCGCAAGUUCGUGCAGACUUUCGUCCUCGCCGAGCAGCCCAACGGCUACUAUGUGCUUAACGACAUCUUCCGGUACAUGGCCGAAGAGCCAGAAGAAGAACCCGAGCAGCCCACCCCGGCUGCGCCUACUGCUGAAGCUCCUGAGGCUGUUGCCGAGGUUCCCGCUGAGGAGCACCAGGUGAUUGAUGAAGUAACUCUCUCAGACGUCGAUGAGAAGCUUGAGGAGGUCGAGGCCAACGAGCAGGUUGAGGAGCCCAAGGAGGCCGCUCCUCAGACUAACGGUGUCCCCGCUGAGGAGGCGGCUCCAGCUGCGGUUCUUGCCGUCGAGGCUGAAAACCUGAACGACGAGGAGCCCGCCACCCCUGAGCCCUCUCCUAUUGCCGAGAAGGGGGAGGUUCCUGAGAAGGAGACCUCAACCGCUCCCGCUGCUCCUAAGACCUGGGCUAGCAUUGCGACUACCUCUUUCGCAGCUAAGGCCGCUGCUGCCGCCAAGGCUUCGGCUGCCCAGGCUGCUCCUGCUGCUCAGGUUACCCCUGCUGUUCCUACUGCUCCCAAGUCUGCUGCUCCCGCUGCUCCCGCUGCCCCUACCGCUCAGCCCGCUGCUGCCACCCCCGCCCCUGCGGAGGUUGCCCGUUCCCCGGAGGCCCCUUCCACCGAAGCCGGCUGGCAGACGGCCGGCGAUGGCCACAAGAAGUCGCAGCCCCGUGUUGAGGAGACCGUCCUCGCCUAUAUCAAGAACGUCAACGACAAGGUUGAUGCCAGCCUGCUUAAGCAGACCCUGGCCCGUUUCGGCAAGCUGAAGUACUUCGAUGUCAGCCGCCCCAAGAACUGUGCCUUUGUUGAAUUCAACGAGCCUGCCGGUUAUACCGCUGCCGUUGCUGCCAACCCCCACCAGAUUGGCAGCGAGCAGAUCCUCGUCGAGGAGCGCCGCCCACGUGGUAACGCUUACGGUAGCAACGCUUUCCCUGCCGGCCGUGGUGGUGGUGCGGGUCGUGGUCGCGGUGACCGCGCCGGCAGCCAGGGCCGUGGUGGCUUCCAGCGUGAAGGCCGCGGCGGUUUCACUCCUCGUGGCCGUGGUGGCAACGUUGCCGCCAAAGGUCGCCCUAGCCAGCCCCAAGCUGCUUAA